GCACUGGGUUCACUUCCCCCCUCCCUCCUUCGGUGCAGCCCAAGGGCUUCCGGGGAGAGGAGGCAUCUUUAGAAAGGAACAAACAAACUUGUUCGUGCCAUCUUUUGAAGACACAGAAAUCGCAAUAGAACAGAUCUUACUACGGGAGACUCUUAGCUGUUUCCUAAUGAACGGCCAUCACAGCUGACACGGCGUCCCCCAGGCCGUGCCCGCACCCCCGGGCGGAAAGGCCCGCCCGCUGCUAACAUGGCUGCCACUGCGGCCGUGAAGAUUGGAAUUAUUGGUGGAACUGGCCUAGAUGAUCCGGAUAUCUUAGAAGAAAGAACAGAAAAAUAUGUUGAUACUCCCUAUGGCAAGCCAUCAGAUGCUUUGAUACUGGGGAAGAUAAAAAAUGUGGACUGUGUGCUGUUGGCAAGACAUGGAAGGCAUCAUACAAUUAUGCCAUCAAAUGUAAAUUACCGUGCCAAUAUCUGGGCAUUAAAAGAAGAGAACUGUUCACAUAUUCUAGUGACUACUGCCUGUGGUUCGUUACGAGAAGAAAUACAACCUGGGGAUCUUGUCAUAAUUGACCAAUUCAUUGAUAGGACAAAUAAAAGGCACUGUACUUUAUAUGAUGGUCAAUCUUGCAGUCUCUCAGGAGUGUGUCAUAUUCCAAUGUCAGAGCCAUUCUGCACUAAAACCAGAGAGGUUCUUAUUGAGAUUGCAAAGAAACUUGGUCUCCAGUGUCAUUCCAAGGGGACAAUGAUCACCAUUGAGGGACCACGUUUCAGUUCUCGAGCAGAAAGCUUGAUGUUUCGCAGCUGGGGAGCGGAUGUUAUCAACAUGACCACAGUGCCUGAAGUGAUUCUUGCAAAAGAAGCUGGAAUGAGUUAUGCAAGUAUUGCUAUGGCAACAGAUUAUGACUGCUGGAAGGAGCAUGAAGAAGCGGUUUCAGUGGAUAAAGUUUUGAAGACACUGAAAGAAAAUGCAAACAAGGCUACUAGCAUACUCCUGAGUGCCAUACCUCAGAUAGGUUCCAUGGAAUGGACGGACACCCUGCACACCCUGAAAACCACUGUGCAGUGUUCAGUCAUUCUGCCAAAGCAGUAGCUGCCUGGAUGGACUCCGAAGUUUGGAUCAUCACCAGGAAGAGUGAGCUGCUUUUGAAUUUUCUGACCUUAUAUGCGUGAAAAGUGUUUAAAGCUUGUUAGAAUGGUGUAAGCCUUAACCAAUAAUAGUGUGUAAGUCAGCUUUUUAAAUGGCUGAAGUUAGAUUUUAAGUGUGUUCUUAGCUUUGAAUUACGUUUUUCUAUCUGACUUUGUGGGACAGAAGAAAGCAGAUUCAUUCACGUGUACAUUGGUUGCUUGGUUGUUUCAGCCUUACUGUUUCCUUUAAUGAUGGCAGUAGUCGUCAUUCAUUUCAGAAAUGAGCUGGAAAAGUUGACAUUUCAAAAUAAAGUAUUUUUAUACAUUGUCCAUGUUUUUAUUUCAGUAUUUUUUUAAUAAGUAGCUUUUUUCAGUAGUGUGCUAGAAGAAAUAGUUUAAUACUCGUUGUUCUUUCACGGCAGCAGCUGAGUAGUUAAAAUAUUAGCACAUGCCUAAGCCAAGUUUGUGCCUGGAGAUGUACUUGUGUGACUUAAAGAAGUACACGAAAAUAAUCUUCUCUGCCACACGUCUGCACUGAGCUGGUUGCUGCUGCUUCAGGACAGCUCUGUCCAGAGCUUCUGUUUCAAGUGAUGAAUGUACUGAGUGCUUUGAAUGUAUGUAUUCAUUAAUGCAGCUAUGCUUUUUCUUGUUUAAAAAAUAAAACCAACCUAUGCUUCUCCA